CGGCGGGUCCUACUGUUGGGCGCACUGUAGGCUCGUACCCAUCCUUUUCUGGCAAACGUUUCAAACUCCGUCGUGGCACUCCUCUCGUUCGCCAGAACGGCUGGGCGAACUGGCCCCCCUUUACCUUGGUCGACCCGUGGGAAACGGGACUUAGAGAAAUCGCGUUGUGCGCGAUUUCUCUUAGUCGUCCUCUGCCUGCGAUACCCAUGGUCUUUCUGUCAUGGCACGACACACGCCCGUUUAAGCAACCCAGCCUGUUUCUGCGUUCACGGCCUGCCAAUGUCCCGCCUACCCUGGAGUCGACCAAGCCCACAAUAAGUGAGAAGAGGUCCGCCGCGACCUCCAUGGCGGUCCCGGUUGACUCUCACACUGACCACCACCACCCCGGCCUCAACGAGCUCCGCCGUGCCGACGACGAGCUCCUCGCUAAGCUCGGCUACAAGUCCGAGUUCAAGCACGAGUUCUCGUUGAUUGAGACGAUUGCGUUCACCUUCUUUAUCAUGUCAUGGGUGUCAUCGUGUCCGUCUCCUCCACGUUCUCCUUCCCUCUCGAGUCCGGUGCAUGCCAGUGGUGUCAAGUCCGUGCGACGUCUAAUGGGCGGAGAUGUAGGCGGACACGUAGGGAUGGUCUUUGGGUGGCUCAUCCCCUCCCUCAUCGUCAUGGCCGUCGCCGUCUCCAUGGCCGAGCUCGCAUCCUCCACGCCGACGAGCGCCGGACUAUACUACUUCUCUGCGAAGCUCGCACCCCCAAAGUACUCCGCACUCGCGAGCUGGAUCACCGGCUGGGCGAACAUCGCUGGCCAGGUGACACUCGUCUGUUCCAUCGACUUCAUCUGCGCGCCCGUGGUCGCCUCCGACAGUGUCUUUGUCCUCGGUACAGGCCCGACCUAUGGUAUAUUUCUCGCCAUCCCCUUCGUCCACGGCAUGGUAUGUGCACGACAAAUAUCCUCCUUGUCGGCAGAUCGAUGGUGA